AUGGCGGAGUGGCUGAUACACGUGGCUGUGGUUGCUGAGCCAUACGUGGUCCCUACCCGAGAUGACUGGGUAAGCGACGGCGGCAACUCUGUGGCCAUCUUCGCCCCUGCCGCUAGUGGCUCCCCCCCCUUCGAUAAGGUAGCGAAGGGUAGGGGAUGCGUGCUGGCUGUCGUUGGCGGAGUUGCAGUUGGCCCCUCGCCGACUUCGAAGGGGCCCUCGCGGAAGUCGGGGGGGUCAAUCGUGGACCUCACGUUCGCAACCCCCUCCAUGGCCCGGAGAGUUCAAGGGUGGAAGGUGGAGGUAGACGUGGAGACAUUGUCGGAUCACCGAUAUAUCCGGUUCGAUGUCUCUACGUCUGCCCCCACAACGGUGCCAGUGACUCGCUCCUCUAUUGAGGAGGGCCCUCGCUGGGUGCUGGGUCGACUGGACCGUGAGCUGGCCGAGGAGGCGGCCAUUGUGGAGGGCUGGGUGGUGGACGCCGGCCCACCCGGGGACGUGGAUGCGGGAGCGGAGCUGCUCGGCGCAUCGCUUACGAAUACAGCCAUAUCACGGGCUAAACAGGAGUCCUGGGAGGAGUGGCUUGCCAUCCUAGACCGGGACCCCUGGGGCAGACCCUACCGGGCAGUGAGGCGGAAGCUCCGGCCCUGGGCUCCGCCACUCACCACGACUCUCGAACCCCAGUUGGUUGAGAGCGUGGUGCAAACACUAUUCCCGAGUCGGGCAGGGUCUGCCCGGCCGGUGGUCGCCACGGAGGAGGAGGAGGUGUUGCCCGUGUCCGAGGUGGAGUUGCGGUACGCCGCGGCGAAACUCCGCCUCAAAAAGACCGCCCCUGGGCUGGACGGCGUGCCGGGACGGGUGCUAGCCCUGGCACUAUCGGAGCUGGGGAGCCAUGUUCGGGCCCUAUUCACCGAAUGUCUGGUGCAGGGUCGUUUCCCCAGCUCUUGGAAGGAGGGCAAGCUGGUCCUUCUUCGGAAGGAUGGGCGUCCAGCUGACCGGCCGUCCGCUUACCGACCCAUCGUGCUGCUCGGCGAGAUGAGCAAGCUCUUUGAGCGUGUGCUCGUUCACCGUCUCGCCAUCCUCACCGGGCAUGGGUGCUUUGGUGAGUAUCUGUUUGGGGUGGUCAGCAGGGAGCCAAACGCCGAAUGCCACCACUGUGUGGGCGGCAUAGUGGACACGGCACGACACACGCGCGAGGAGUGCCCCGCUUGGGCGGUCCCUCGCGCUGCCGUGUCCACAGAAAUAGGGGCUGACCUCUCGCUGCCGGCCAUGGUUAGGGCCAUGAGCGGCAGCGAGCAGGCCUGGAGAGCGGUCGCCACCUUCGGAAGCGGCGGAGAGGGAGCGGGAAGACGCUGUCGACUCGCUCCCGAUUCGCCGCAGGCGACCGGGAUGGUGGCGACGGGCUCGUCGGUGUUUUCGUUACUAAUACCAGAUAUGAACAUGGAUGUUUUUUCUUGA